UUUUCUCCAAAAUCGGAGUUCAAAUUCCAAAAAAGAGAGAGAAAAAAAAGGAAAGUAAAAAUUCCUCCCCUCAAUCUUCCUCUCCGCUGAAGAAUCCCUCCUGUUCUUCGUUGGAUCACAGAGAGAGAAACCUCUGAAUCAGAGAAUCGAGGCCUGCGAAACACGUCUCUCUCUUAAUCUUCGGAGAGAGAGAGAGAGAUCUGAAGAGUGUUACAAAUUCAUGGCCACGCUUCAGACAUGGCGGAAAGCCUAUGGCGCUCUCAAGGAUUCUACCAAAGUCGGCCUUGCCCAUGUCAACAGCGACUACGCGGAUUUGGAUGUGGCGAUAGUCAAAGCUACUAACCACGUCGAGUGCCCGCCAAAAGAGAGGCAUCUCAGGAAAAUUCUGGUUGCUACUUCGGCGAUUAGACCGCGAGCUGAUGUUGCUUAUUGCAUUCAUGCGCUCGCUCGACGCUUGUCCAAGACGCGGAAUUGGACGGUGGCUCUGAAAACUUUAAUAGUCAUACAUAGGACCUUGAGGGAGGGUGAUCCAACAUUUAGGGAGGAACUUCUGAAUUUUACACAAAGAGCCCGAAUUCUCCAACUGUCUAAUUUUAAGGAUGAUUCAAGUCCUAUUGCUUGGGAUUGCUCUGCUUGGGUACGUACAUAUGCAUUGUUUUUAGAGGAGCGACUUGAAUGUUUCAGGAUACUAAAGUAUGACAUUGAAUCUGAACGUCUGCCAAGACCUGCUCAGGGUCAGGAGAAGGGCUAUAGCAGAACUAGGGAACUUGACAGUGAAGAACUGUUGGAACAUUUGCCUGCUUUGCAACAGCUGUUGUAUCGUCUUAUUGGUUGCAGGCCUGAAGGAGCAGCUAUUGGGAAUUAUGUUAUACAGUAUGCCCUCGCACUGGUAUUGAAAGAGAGCUUUAAAAUCUAUUGUGCUAUUAAUGACGGUAUUAUAAAUCUCGUUGACAAGUUUUUUGAGAUGCCAAGACAUGAAGCUAUCAAAGCCCUUGAUAUCUAUAAAAGAGCUGGCCAACAGGCAGCAAGCCUGUCUGAUUUCUAUGAUAUUUGCAAAGGGUUAGAACUUGCUCGGAAUUUCCAGUUUCCUGUUUUAAGAGAGCCUCCACAGUCAUUUCUUAAUACAAUGGAAGAGUAUAUUAGGGAGGCACCUAGAGUGGUUAUGGUACCGAAUGAGCCACUGCUGCAACUUACUUACAAGCAAGAAGACUCUCCUGAAGAUCCGAACUUACCCACUGAAGAACCAGAGGCUUCUCCUUCAGAUAAUCUUUCUAUUACCCCUGUUGAGACGGCUCCACCGCCACCUCCAGCUCCAGCCCCUGCUCCUGAAAUCCAUUUAGAUACUGGAGAUUUAUUGGGAUUGAGUCUUGCUACCACAGAAGUAUCUGCAAUCGAGGACAGAAAUGCUAUGGCUUUAGCUAUAGUUCCUUCUGGAGAUGCAGCAGCAGCACCCACUUUUGAUUCCAAUGCCGUACAGGCAAAGGACUUUGAUCCUACUGGUUGGGAGCUAGCUUUGGUCACCACUCCAAGUACUAACAUUUCAUCAGCUAAUGAGAGACAACUGGCUGGUGGAUUGGACACACUCACUCUUGACAGUUUAUACGAUGAAGGUGCAUAUAGAGCUUCUCUACAGCCUGUGUACGGUAAACCCGCACCAAAUCCAUUCGAGGUGCAAGAUCCAUUUGCGUUGUCAAGUGCCAUCGCUCCACCUCCAUCGGUUCAAAUGGCGCCAUUAGCUCAGCAGCAGGCGAAUCCGUUUGGUCCAUACCAACCUACCUUCCCACAGCAACAGCAACCAUUCACAAUGGAUCCAACAAAUCCUUUUGGUGAUGCAGGUUUCGGAGCCUUCCCGGCUCCUAACCAUCACCCUGUUCAUCCGCCUGCAAGCAAUCCAUUCGGAAGCACAGGCAUUCUGUAGAAUGUGCGUGGUGCGCUCUCCAUCUUGUAAUUUAGUCAACAGAUUUGGUUUCUUCGUAUUUGGUGGGAUGUAAAGGGUUGGUUUUCUUGAACGAGCUGCGAAGAAUGGUGCGACAUUUGUUUUGGUUGGAACUUACAAUGAGUGAGUGAGUGAGUGAGUGAGUGAAUAGUGCAAGGUGUAAUAAGAGUAGUGAAUGCAAUACAUGACUUUCAAGUUUUAGGCUUUGGAAUUCUGUGUCCUAUUCUUCUGCUUACUACAAGCACGUUUCUCAUAGAAUUGGGCUGAAAUUUUAUGCAUACGUUAUACGUAUAUAAUUCAUUCAUCUGUUCAUCA